UAGCCGCCAUUUACAACCACCAACUUAACCCGCCAUUAAUAUUCCUUCUUCGAAUAUAUUCCCAGCUGAUUCAAAAAUUUACCAAAAAAACAUGUCUGAAAGAGAUUCCACUAAGCUGCUAGCAUUAUUCUUCUGUGUUGCUUUAUUUGCAUCCGUUGCUGCUGGGGAAAGCGAAGCAAAAGCUCUGUUGAAGUGGAGAGAUAGCUUUAACAACGAAAGCAGAGCUACGUUGUCUUCUUGGAAGAAUGAUACUAAUCCUUGCAGGCAGUUGUGGAAGGGAAUUUCUUGUGAUGAAUCCAUGUCUGUGAUCAAUAUAAGUCUCUCAAAACUUGGCCUUCAAGGUACACUUUCCACUCUCAACUUCGCUGCCUUUCCUCAUCUCCUCCACUUCGACGUAAGUUUCAACCAUUUUUAUGGAUACAUUCCCCACGAAAUUGGUAAAUUGUCCAGUAUUUUGAUGUUGAGUUUGUCAGAUAAUAGAAUUAAGGGUCCCAUUCCUCCUGAAAUCUGGAAUCUAACCACUCUGAAUCAUCUUCAUCUUAGUACAUGUAAUCUGACAGGACAAAUUUCCCAUGAAAUUGGGAAUUUGAGGAAUUUGAAACUCCUAUGGCUUGGAGAAAAUUCCCAGAUUUUUGGUCCCAUUCCUGAAGAGAUUGGAAUGUUGAGCAAUCUUGAAGAGCUAGGACUUCAAAGAAAUUCUCUGUUGGGGAGAAUCCCGUCAUCAAUUGGAAACUUGACAAAGUUACAAAGAUUUUUUCUUUUCGAGAACAAUCUCGCAGGUCCUAUUCCUUCUGGAUUGUGGAAACUCUAUUCUCUCAUUGAAAUUCAGUUAUAUGGUAAUAGACUUUCUGGGCCUAUCUCUCCCUCUAUAGGAAACCUAACAAAUCUCCAAUACUUGGCCUUAGCUAAUAAUAGGUUUUCUGGUCUAAUUCCACUAUCCAUUGGUAACUUGAUCAAUGUGCUGGAACUCUAUCUACAGGAUAACACUCUUUCAGGAUCUAUUCCUUCCACUAUAGGAAACAUGACGAAGCUUAACAAUCUAGUAUUGUUUGGGAACAAUCUCAGUGGUCAACUUCCACCAGAAAUCAAUAACAUAAGUUGGUAUAACUUACAACUGGGUGAUAAUCAUUUCCAUGGCCAUUUGCCACAACAAAUAUGUCAAGGUGGGAGAUUAUAUAGGUUUAUUUCUAAAGGCAACCAAUUCACUGGUCCUAUUCCAACUAGUUUGAGGAAUUGUUCUACUUUGGGUAGGCUUAUGCUUCAGGAUAACCAAUUAGUUGAUAAUAUGACAGAUGCUUUUGGUGUAUAUCCUUAUUUGGAUUACAUUGAUCUAAGUGGAAAUCAAUUGUAUGGCCAACUUUCAACUAGAUGGGGGAAGUGUCGAAAUCUCACACAGAUGAUUAUGCACAAUAACAAGCUUUCUGGUCACAUACCACCAGAACUAGGAGACUCAACUAAGCUUGGUUUACUUAACUUGUCUUCAAAUCAUUUGUCGGGACAAAUUCCAAAAGAACUGGGGAAGUUGAUAAUUUUGCAAAAACUCUCUUUGAGUCACAAUAACUUCUCUGGUAAUGUCCCCUCAAAUAUAAGAUCACUUAGUCGGCUUGAAAUUUUAGAGCUAGCAGUAAAUAAUUUCAAUGGCCCAAUCACAAGAGAGCUUGGGGAAUUAAAAACCUUAAGGGUCUUGAACUUGAGCAAAAACAAGUUUGAUGAAAGCAUUCCCCUUGAGUUUGGUGAACUCCAACACCUUGAACAGCUUGAUCUUAGUGACAAUUUGCUAAAUGGAAAAAUACCAUCAAGGCUUGGAAUGUUAUCCAACUUGCAAGUAUUGAACCUCUCACAUAAUAAUCUCACUGGCACCAUUCCUUCUGAUUUUAGUGGAUCAAUGUCAACUUUGUCUACAGUUGACAUAUCAUACAAUCAAUUAGAAGGCCCUGUUCCAAUCAAACCAGCCUUUCACAACUUUGAUGCAUUGAGGAAUAACAAAGGUUUGUGCGGUAACGUCACUGGUUUACAUGCUUGUGGUGAUUUUCGAACAAAUGGACAUGGCCAUACAAGCAAAAAGUUCUUGGUAAUAUUCCUCCCAUUGGCCACACUACUAUUAGUAAUUGUGGGAGCAUCUUUCAUUGUUGCUCGAAUAGCAACAAAAGCAAAAGGCAAAGAUGGAGAGGGUUCACUAGAGGAUGUUUAUUUUGUAUGGAGUCUUGAAAGAGAAAUAUUGUACGAAGAUAUCAUUGAAGCCACAAAGGAAUUUGAUGAAAGGUACCUCAUCGGAAAAGGGGGCCAAGGAAGUGUUUAUAGGGCUGAGUUGCCAGCAGGUGAUGUUGUUGCUGUAAAGAAGCUUCAUUCAAUGCCAAGUGGGGAAAUCUCCAACCGGAAAGCUUUCACAAGUGAGAUUCGAGCUUUGACAGAAAUCAAACAUCGUAACAUUGUGAAGUUGUAUGGGUUUUAUUCCAAUUCACAGUUCUCCAUUUUGGUUUAUGAGUUCUUGGAAGGUGGGAGUUUGGACAUCAUACUAAAGAAUGAGAAACAAGCCACUGAGUUUGAGUGGAACAAAAGGGUGAACGUUGUCAAAAGUGUGGCUAAUGCUUUAUUCUAUAUGCAUCAUGGUUGUUCAAUUCCUAUUGUUCAUCGUGACAUAUCAAGCAAGAACAUUCUUCUAGGUUCUGACUACGAAGAAGCUCGCAUCAUUGACUUUGGAACGGCAAAAUUUUUGAAUCCUGACUCAGACAACAUGACCACAUUUGCUGGCACAUUUGGGUAUGCUGCACCAGAGAUUGCUUUCAUUAUGCAAGCGAAUGAGAAAUGUGAUGUUUAUAGCUUUGGAGUGUUGACUUUAGAAAUCAUCAUGGGUACACAUCCAGCAGAGCUUAUUUCAUCUUUGGCAGAGAAUUCAACCAAUAAUGAUUUGUUGUUAAGUGAUGUGUUGGACCCACGACUUUGUUCACUCGCUAAACCACUCAUAGAUGAUGUGAUCUUAGUUGCAAAAAUAGCAUUUUCUUGCUUGAAUGAAACUCCUCAGUCUCGUCCAACCAUGGAACAAGUAUCUACUGAGCUUGCAAGGACACCAAAAUCUUACACGGAGGAUCAAUUUCACACCAUCAAAAUUGGACAACUAAUGAGGGAUUGAAUUUUGUUCGCAAGUGUGUCUGCAAUUGUAUAAUAAUAAAAGUGUUGCGCUUGAUGUUUUAAUGUAAAUUUUGUAAGCUUGUUUUCGUAUCAUAUGCAUGAUCAGUUUGGGAAUUGUAUGAGAGUGAAGGGAAUUAAUUGUUUGGUUUCAGCAUUAUAUAUCGUUUUAACUCUUGUAACA